AUGUUUGGUAGACUAAAGAACUUGUUUGCACCUGCACAAAGUGUAUACUUUGAUGCCCCAGAAGAUAAUCGAAAAGAUGAAUUUGGUUUACAAAGAUCAGUUAGCGGAGAUCUUUACAUUUUUUCAGAAAAUGCCACCGGUAGCAGGCUACCUCCGCUAAAUGCACAUCUCACCACUAGAGUUAACAUCCUUUCUUUGCUGGUCUAUUACGGUAAAAGCAACCCUUCGAGAUACUUGAAGCAAUGUGAAGAUGUCCAAUUCGUGGAAUUUGCUACCAAAAUAAGGCAGCGGAUAGUGCUCCUGGUUCAAAAAUUGGUGAGACUUGUGAUUGAAGUUGCUGAGGCAUGGAACAAUACACUAAUGUUUAGCAAUGAAGUGAUAGGAUUCAUAAUGCAGCAGAGCAUGCAUUUUAUUGUAGGCUCAACGUAUGACUCAGACUUGGUGGAAUCCUUUUGUUUGAGUCUUUUUGCAGAUCCAAAAAUCACCGAACAGGUGGAGAAAUUGCACAAGGUUAUCAAUAGCCUGAAGUUUAGAAAGUUCCGAAGGGAUAUUAGUACGCGUAUGUCCUCCGUCUUUAAUUUGACUGUUGACACCGGGGACUUCUUUGCCAAUGACUUGGUUUCAAAAUUUAUGGCCCUAUGGAUGUUUGCCUUGUUAGAUAUAAAUUAA